AUGACCGAUCCUGAAAGCAAGUCAACCGUCACGGAGUCUUUAAAGCCUGAAGAGGAGGAUGUGCCCCCCGCUUCGCCUGAUGUUCAUUUUGAACCAAUUAUUAAGCUAGAUGAAGUGGAGGUUAAAACGUUUGAAGAGGAUGAGGACGUACUGUUCAAAAUGCGCGCUAAGCUAUUUCGAUUUGACAAACCUCUGAAGGAAUGGAAAGAACGUGGCACUGGUGAUGUUCGUUUUCUUCAGCAUAAAGAAACAGAAAAGAUUCGCCUGGUAAUGCGGAGGGAUAAAACUCAUAAACUUUCUCCAAAUGUUGGAUCCGAUCGUUCGUGGGUAUGGAAUGUUACUGCUGAUAUUUCUGAUGGUGAAUCAAAACCGGAAACCUUAGCAAUUCGAUUUGCUAACACAGAAA